UCCACACAUUCUAUUCUUGGCAAUUGCUGGUCGCCCUGAAAGACACAGCCAUUCGUGAUUCUCCACACACUGCACAGUGUUCUUGGCAAUUCCUCGUCGCCCUGAAAUGGACAGCCAGCUAGCAAGGGCGAGAACGAGCUUCUGUUUUUAGAUCCGAGCCUAGAAUCGAUCAUGGCGAGCCUCGGUUCCGCUCCCAUCCUGCGUACUCCUCUUCUUCCUCACCCUCGUCGGAGCCGAGGAGUCUUUUUCGAUCCCGGCGGCCUUCCGAAGCCUAUCUCGGAACCUAAACGUGCUCCCUUCCCUCGCUUCGAUCCGAUUUGGAGCCGCAGGAUUCGGUGCUGCAGUGUUUCGGCUCAAGAAACCGGCGAAGAGAAGAGGCCGCACGAUCCCGCGAUUACCCCUACCACCUCCGGUGAACCUGAAGUUUCCACCAGAUCAUGGAAUUGGCGAGGUUACCGUAUUCGUUAUCAGUCAUCAGGAAAUACAGGACCAGCAUUAGUUCUAAUUCACGGUUUUGGGGCAAACAGUGACCAUUGGAGAAAAAAUAUUUCAAUUCUUGCAAAAUCCAACAGGGUUUACUCUAUUGAUCUGAUUGGUUAUGGUUAUUCUGAUAAGCCAAACCCACGAGAAGUUGGAACAGGUUCAUUCUAUACAUUUGAGACUUGGGCAGAUCAGCUAAAUGAUUUUUGUGUGGAUGUUGUCAAAGAGAAAGCAUUCUUCAUAUGCAAUUCUAUUGGAGGCGUUGUAGGCCUUCAGGCAGCAGUUAUGCAGCCUCAGAUCUGCAAGGGUAUCUUCCUGUUAAAUAUUUCCUUAAGAAUGCUACACAUAAAGAAACAGCCUUGGUACGGAAGACCUUUCAUCCUAUCCUUCCAGAGCUUCUUGAGGAACACAGCUGUUGGAAAGCUUUUCUUUAAAGCAAUUGCCACCCCAGAAUCUAUUAGAAGUAUUCUAUUACAGUGUUAUCAUGACACAUCAGCCGUGACAGAUGAACUAGUUCAGCUCAUUUUGCAACCAGGACUUGAUCCUGGUGCCGCAGAAGUAUUCCUUGAGUUUAUCUGCUAUUCAGGUGGUCCUCUACCUGAAGAAUUGCUUCCCAAAGUUGAGUGUCCAGUUUUGAUAGCUUGGGGCGAUAAGGAUCCAUGGGAGCCUGUCGAACUCGGGCAAAAGUAUGCCGAGUUUAAAUCUGUCGAAGAUUUUGUCGUCCUUCCCGAUGUUGGCCACUGCCCACAGGAUGAAGCUCCAGAUCUAGUAAAUCCCUUGAUUCAAUCUUUCGUUGAGCGUCAUGCACCGUGAGGAAUAGCUUCAGCUACCUUGUGGUUGUUUCUGAUAUGUUUUUUUCCCUCCUAAAGAAAAACACACCUUAUUGUUCAUAGCGGCAUUCUUGCUACACAAGCAUCUAGAGAUUGACACCUGAAUGCAUAAAGUUAAUUGAUUCUUAGGGAAUGAACACUAUUUUGA